GAAUAAUUAGGUCCUGUGGCUCUGAAAGUGACUGAAUAUUUACAAUGAUUCCUGAGUGUGUCGGGCGGAGUGCUCCAGCCUAGAGUGAAGAUGAUUUUUAUGCUGCAACUUAUGUCCUUCAGUCUGGCCUUUGUGUCAACGUUUUUCUUGAUAGUGGCGACUUGGACGGAUUGUUGGAUGGUGAAUGCAGACGACAGUUUGGAGGUCAGCCAAAAAUGCAGGGGCUUGUGGUGGGAGUGUGUCACAAAUUCCAUGGAUGGGAUCAGGACGUGUGAUCAAUAUGACUCCAUUUUAGCAGAACAUCCACUUAAGAUAGUGUUGACUCGAGCACUCAUGAUUACGGCAGAUAUUCUUGCUGGCUUUGCACUCAUUAUAUUAGUUUUGGGAUUGGACUGUGUGAAGAUACUAAGAGAUGAACCUCAGAUUAAGUUACGGAUCUGCUACAUGGCAGGCUUCAUUUUUGGAAUUGGAGGUGUCCCGGGUAUGAUUGGAUCCGUGUGGUACGCCGUGGACGUGUACGUGGAGCGAGCUACUCUGGUUCUGCAGCACGUGUUUUUGGGAAUUCAGUAUGAAUUCGGGUGGUCCUGUUGGUUGGGGAUGGCGGGAUCUACGGGCUGCUUCUUAGCCUCCAUCAUGUUAACCUGCUGCCUUUACCUCUUCAGAGAUGCUAGAACUGCCCGAUACAACCUGUCCUUCUACCAGUAUGGAAGAACAGCCACUGGCAAAAUGUAUGCCAUGGAUUCGCGAGUCUAGGAGCACCUCUUCUGGAACUGUGUUCCAGAUUUAAAUGCAACAGCUUCUCCAGUCCCUCAGAGGACAUAUUACACCCUUCAAAAAGGUGAAAGGCUACAUAUUGCAGCUGGUUUUAAUUGUUAAUGCUUUCAAAUUGUUUUGUUUUGUGUAUACUGAAUCACAAAGAGGAGGCAUCGAUGUAGUUUAUUUAAGUGCAAUCAAUGAGUAGGAUCAAAAGUUUUUACUUAGAGCAACAAAUUGUCCUAAUGAACCCUUUACAUGGAGUUGCGAUGAAAAGUUCAGUGCAACGUGAUGAAAA